AACAUGACACAGUGUCCAAUGUUAACGCGUCAGCUUUUUAAACAAACCGAAUUUCGACUGAUUAAAUAUUAAUUGGCGAAACCACCGGCUGAGAAUUAAUGAGGAAUCAAUAGGAGGUCCAAAAUGGAAAGCCUCUACCACCAGACCAAUAAUGCGGUGAAGGACAUCGAACGGGAUUUCCAGCGGCUGAGUCAGCUGAGUGCCCAGGAAUCUCUUGACGUGGAAAAUGGAAUUCAAGUGAAGAUUACCCAGGCGAACUCUAACUGCGAUCGAUUGGAUGUGCUGCUGUUUAAAGUGCCCCCCUCCCAGCGACAAAGUUCCAAACUUCGUGUGGAUCAACUGAAAUACGACCUGAGACACCUGCAGACUUCCCUGCAAACGGCGAGGGAACGAAGACAGCGGCGCAUGCAGGAGAUCUCGGAAAGGGAACAGCUUCUAAACCACAGAUUCACUGCAAAUAGUUCGCAACCCGAGGAAACCCGCCUGCAAUUGGACUACGAACUGCAACAUCAUUCGCAGCUGGGAAACGCCCAUCGGGGAGUGGAUGAUAUGAUAGCCUCCGGGAGCGGCAUUCUCGAGAGCCUCAUCUCGCAGCGAAUGACUUUGGGGGGAGCCCACAAGAGGAUCCAGGCUAUAGGCAGCACUCUAGGCCUUUCAAAUCACACCAUGAAACUUAUAGAACGACGGCUGGUCGAAGAUCGGAAGAUAUUCAUCGGGGGUGUAAUUGUUACCCUGCUUAUCAUCGCUCUGAUCAUCUACUUUCUAGUGCUCUAAGUCGCAGACCGUUUAGUUGAGUUUAAAUUAAAUAUACUCUAUUUUGUAAAAUGUUAAA